UGCUGAGUUCUGCAGCAGUCAGUCCACCGGGCCUUCCCACUCCGCCGGGAGUUACCAAGGGGUGAGAAAGCUUCCAGGGAGAGGGGGAGGUGUUUGCCUGGCUGUGUGUGUCCGAGCUGCAAACAACCAAAAGCGGACAUACACGACAAUUUAAGUGGAUUUCAAUGCGCGUUGACGCUGUGUUUGGGCACUACUUUCCUACGCGGUGCUAACUGCGGACGAUGCUCCUCCACCAAGCCGCUGAAACUUGCGUGAUUGUGUGAUUUUUUUUCACCCCCCAUUCUCUCUCUCUCGUCACACUGGUGGCAAAGAGAUUGGAGCUGGAUUUGCACACUAAGAAGGAAGAUUAUCAAUCAAGAAGUGAUCGGUUUUUUCUUUAUGCUGGGGAGUUCAUCAUUUUGUCCUCGCUUGGGAUGCAUCGCUGGUUGUAGCGCCUCCAGCUUGUUGACAAGCACUUUCUGAGCGAUUUUUCAACAACAACAAGCAGAAGAUGUCUUCGCCGAGGUUCAAAAAGGAUAAAGAGAUCAUCGCCGACUACGAGAGUCAAGUGAAAGAGAUCCGGGCACAGUUAGUGGAACAGCAGAAAUGCAUGGACCAGCAGACAGAGAUGAGGGUCCAGCUGUUGCAGGACCUUCAAGAUUUCUUCAGAAAGAAGGCAGAGAUUGAGAUGGAAUACUCCAGAAACCUUGAGAAACUGGCUGAGCGCUUCAUGGCCAAGACUCGCAGCACUAAGGACCACCAGCAGUAUAAAAAAGACCAGAAUCUGUUGUCGCCCGUCAACUGCUGGUACCUGCUGCUGAACCAGGUGAGGAGGGAGAGUAAAGACCACGCCACUCUCAGCGACAUCUACCUGAACAAUGUCAUUAUGAGGUUCAUGCAGGUUAGCGAGGACUCCACACGACUACUAAAGAAGAGCAAGGAAAUCGCAUUUCAGCUUCAGGAAGACUUAAUGAAGGUCCUUAAUGAGCUAUACACAGUGAUGAAGACCUACCACAUGUACCACUCGGAGAGCAUUAGUGCAGAGAGCAAACUGAAGGAGGCUGAAAAGCAAGAGGAGAAGCAGAUUGGCAGGGGAGAUCCGGUUUUCAGCAUCCGGAUGGAGGACAAAUACCAGAAACGCAACUCGGUGAAGAAGAUUGAGAAGAUGAAGGAGAAGCGGCAAGCCAAGUACUCGGAGAACAAGAUGAAGUCGAUCAAAGCGCGGAACGAGUACCUCCUCACACUGGAAGCCACCAACUCGUCUGUCUUCAAAUACUACAUCCAUGACUUGUCAGACCUAAUUGAUUGCUGUGAUUUGGGAUACCACGCCAGUUUAAAUAGAGCCUUGCGAACGUACCUGUCAGCUGAAUACAACUUGGAGACGUCUCGCCACGAAGGUCUUGACAUCAUCGAAAAUGCCGUAGACAGUCUGGACCCAAGAAGCGACAGACAGCGGUUCAUGGAGAUGUUCCCGACGGCCUUCUGCCCGCCUGCAAAAUUCGAGUUCCAGUCUCACAUGGGCGAUGAGGUGUGUCAGAUUUCAGUGCAGCCUCCGGUGAACGGAGAGCUAAUACUGAGAUUCCAGCAGCUGCAGUCUCGUCUCGCGACUCUGAAGAUUGAAAAUGAAGAGGUGAAAAAGACAUCCGAGGCUACCCUCACCACCAUCCAGGACAUGGUGACCAUUGAGGAUUAUGACGUGUCCGAGUGCUUCCACCACAGCAGAUCCACCGAGUCAGUCCGGUCCACUGUGUCGGAGACGUACCUCAGCAAACCAAGCAUUGCUAAGAGGAGGGCCAACCAACAGGAGACAGAGCAGUUCUACUUCAUGAAAUUCCGGGAGUUUUUGGAGGGCAGCAAUCUCAUCUCCAAACUGCAGGCCAAACAUGAUUUGCUGAAGAGGACACUUGGCGAAGGUCACAGAGCCGACUACAUGACAACAAGACAUUCCAAUGGGCUGUUCAAAACCCACACUGGCACCCGGCGGGCUAGACCCCGCUCUGUUUUUAAUGUUAGGUUAUUUAACGGAAAUAUGGAGUCAUAUAUCAAGGACUCUGGGCAAGCUAUUCCUCGUGUGGUUGAAAGCUGUAUUCGCUACAUCAAUUUGUACGGCCUCCAACAUCAGGGAAUAUUUCGAGUGUCUGGGUCCCAGCUGGAAGUCAACGACAUUAAGAACUCAUUUGAGAGAGGAAAUGACCCUCUGACAGAUGAUGAGAGUAACCAUGACAUCAACUCGGUGGCAGGUGUUCUUAAACUCUACUUCCGUGGCCUGGAGAACCCUCUUUUCCCCAAAGAGAGGUUCAAUGAUCUGCUCUCCUGCGUCCGAAUGGACAACCUCUAUGAGAGAGCUUUGUACAUCCGGAAGAUCCUCUUGACCAUUCCCAGAUCAGUACUCGUCGUGAUGCGUUACCUCUUUGCAUUUCUCAACCACCUGUCGCAGUACAGCGAUGAGAACAUGAUGGACCCGUACAACUUGGCCAUUUGCUUUGGCCCUACACUCAUGCCCACACCAGAGAGCCAGGACCAGGUCUCCUGUCAGGCCCAUGUCAACGAGAUCAUCAAGACUAUCAUUAUCCACCAGGAGACUAUCUUUCCUGAUGCCAAAGAGCUGGAUGGGCCUGUCUAUGAAAAGUGCAUGGCAGGGGGGGACUAUUGUGAGAGUCCCUACAGUGAGCAUGGAGCCCUGGAGGAAGUGGACAAUGAGGGGGGGGCAGAGACACACACCAGUGAGGAUGAGGGCGAGCCCAUUGAAGCCAUUGCCAAGUUUGAUUACGUCGGGCGCUCUUCCAGGGAGUUGUCCUUCAAGAAGGGCGCCUCGCUGCUGCUGUAUCAGCGGGCGUCAGAAGACUGGUGGGAAGGACGGCACAAUGGGAUCGACGGCCUGGUGCCACACCAGUAUAUUGUGGUCCAAGACAUAGAUGACAACUUCUCAGACACUCUGAGCCAGAAGGCUGACAGCGAGGCCAGCAGCGGCCACGCUGGAGAGGAUAAAUGCUCAGGAAAAGACAUCAGCUCACCCGCUGACACCAGGAUCUCUGAGGCUUUCAUCGCCAGCAGGCACAGAAAAAGGUCAGAUCCACCAUCACGCCGCCCUCCUGCCCGCCCCAGCGAUGUCCACUGUAAGGUCCAUCCCUCCCAGCAGGGUCACCCUGCACACGGAGGCACCCCCGAGAUGGGCUCCCCAGUCCUAGGCCACUUCAGUCCGCGUGACAUGCUGCGGAGUCGCAACCAUUUGCCCGUGGAUAGCCCAGAGCGCCGGCGCCGCACCGGCCACGGCAGCCUGACCAACAUCAGUCGCCAUGAGUCCCUGAAGAAGAUGGAAAGCCCACCCAUCCGCCGCUCCACCUCAUCGGGCCAGUACACGGGCUUUAGUGAGGUCCACCACCGCCACCAUCACCACCACGGUGGCAAGCCUCUGGACCCGGAGACCAUCGCACAGGACAUAGAAGAAACAAUGAACACCGCUCUGAAUGAGCUGCGUGAGUUAGAGCGCCAGAGCUCGGCCAAGCACGCCCCCGACGUGGUGCUGGACACCCUGGAGCAGCGGCAAACCCCCGGGAGCAGCGGGGGCCCCACUCCAGCCAGCUCCAGCGAGUCCCUCGGCCCGCCUAUCCACGGCGUGAUAUUGAGGUCCACCGCAAACACCGAACCGCCUUUCCGCCGCAGCACCAGCGCCUCCAGCGAUACCAUGAGCACCUUCAAACCCGCGGUGACGCCCCGCAUGGGAGUGCAGCUCAAGCCGCCCGCUUUGAGACCCAAACCCAUGGUCGUGCCCAAGUCCAGUCAGAUACCGCACCCUCCCGCUACGUCCCCUCAGGAUCCAUUGGACAAAUCCUGCACCAUGUAAGCUUUGGGAAUGAAAACAACUUCCACAGAGGCUGCACAAUGCAUGCAGCAGAGAUACUACAGUCACAGUUUUCAAACCAUGGACUGCUGGAAUUAAUGUUCGUAGGUAGCCAAACAAAACUUCUUGUGUUGAUACGUCUAGAAUGAACACCAACAACAAAUCACAAAGGCUUCCCGUAAUGUUGCAUAGUAGUAGUUAGGUGAAAGACAACUAACACACCAUGGUGCAUGUAACACGUGUUUCUCACGGAUUAGCUGGCUGCUCCAAGGAAAGGUGUUGUCAACUGCCUCUAACAUAUUUUACACACACAAGUUGCCAUCAUAAAGCUGCUGUGACCAGAUUUGACUUUCUAGUACUCUAGUGCUGCAUCACCUAGUCUGUGUAUAUUGCGUCAACAGUUGGAGAAAACCACUACUUUAUGAGCAGCAUGAUACUUUUACAUCUACACUUCCUGAAGUAAAUAUGAAAUAUGCACACAGGUUGUGGAAGACAGCGUAGCUUAGUUGGCACCAUUUAGCCAAAGCAUGGACGUGGACUCUCCAAAAGAUGUACUGUAUAGUAAUAAAGGACUCACUGGAAGGUUGCCGUGGACCUAAAGAUGACAGCUCCCUGUCAAGAUCUUCCAUGCUGGGAUGAGAACGGGACGAAAACACUCCGAAUCCCUUCCUGUGUGCCAGGACAUGUGUGCGUGUGUGUGUGUGCGUGUGUGUGUGUGUGUGACAGCUCUGGCAUGUCGAGGGGUCUCGUGUGCCAGUCAGCAAGCAGAUGUGAGUUCCAAUCUGUGUGUGUGCGUCAUUUGUAUAUUUAAAUCUCUGUCGGUUGUUUUGGAAAUGUUCAUCCGAACACUACAAACAAUUGGACUGAAUUUGCAAUGCUCUCUAACUGCAGGUUUACGCCAUGUGUGUAUUCAUCAAAAGCUACAUAGAUUUCUGAAUUACUAACUUGUUGUUUUUAUAAAAAUGUUUUUGUUUCAAAUUAGAACUGACUGAUACCUAGAGAGCAAAUAAUGUAGAAUAAUUAAGCAAGCAGUAUAAGAAAGUGUGCUUUCAUCGUACUGUAAUGACAAUGACAGUAGAACUGUACUGUGUACUUGUGAAAGUGCCUUCUAAGAUGUUUCCGGACAUUCAUUCAUUCAUUCAUUCAAUCGCUGUGUACGGAGCAGAUAUGCUGCAGUAAGACACAUUCAUACAAGUACAGUCAUGAUGCCAUCCUCCGGAGUUAAAGUUGGUAUUGAAAUAAACGGAUCACCCACUGCACUUUGACGUACGUAACUGUAUAUAAGGCAUGUAACAUCAUAACAGGUCCUCAAGGGACUUCUUUCUAAUAAAUGAAAUAGUUUGUCCAGUCUGGGGUGGAGUUAUUGCGCAGCGUAUGACUGAAUUGAAGUUGCUGUUUUAUUCACUAUAUUGCAACAUGAAAGGAAAGAUCUUCACUCUGAAUGAAGGCAUUUGCAUCACAUUUUGCUUAAUUGUCUUUUAUAUGUACAAUGUAGAGCAGAUGUGUCCAAACAUCUGCUCGACAGAGGGCCGCGUACUGAAAAAUGAUAGGAUGCAAGGGCCACUUUGGUAUUUUGUUCAAGAAAAAGGGUAUUACUCGUAUGAACAUCGGACUUGUUUUUUUUUCCAUUUUCCAAAUAUUUCAACAUUCUUCUUAAAUCAUCUUU